AAGUCCCUCACUGAGCAGAGACAAAAUGGCGGCGGUGGUGUUUUUGUCGGCGGGGCUCCUGUGUUGGGCCUCAUCCUCGGCCUCCGCUGAGCGCUACUCCCCGGACUGGGCCAGCCUCGACUCGCGGCCUUUGCCCGGCUGGUUCGACGAGGCCAAAGUGGGCGUCUUCCUGCACUGGGGGGUCUUCUCGGUCCCGGCCUUUGGCUCGGAGUGGUUCUGGUGGCACUGGAAGGGCGAGCGGAGGCCCGAGUACGAGCGCUUCGUCCAGAGCCACUUCCCGCCGGGAGCCACCUACGCAGACUUCGCCGCGCGCUUCUCCGCCGUGGACUUCCAGCCCGACGACUGGGCCCAGCUCUUCCAGGAAGCUGGAGCCAGAUACGUGGUGCUUACCUCAAAGCAUCACGAAGGCUUCACCAACUGGGGGUCCCCCGUGUCCUGGAACUGGAAUUCGGUAGACACCGGACCCCAUAGAGACUUGGUGGGUGAACUGGGAGACGCCCUCAGAAAAAGGAACAUACACUAUGGGCUCUACCACUCCCUCUUUGAAUGGUUUAACCCGCUCUACCAGUUGGACCGAAAUAAUAGCUUCAAGAGUCAGUUUUUUGUCUACGAGAAGACUAUGCCAGAGCUUUUUGAACUUGUUUUAAGGUACAAGCCGGAUAUCAUCUGGUCUGAUGGAGACUGGGAAGCUCCAGACACAUACUGGAACUCAACUACUUUCCUUGCCUGGCUUUACAAUGAUAGUCCAGUCAAGGACACUGUGGUGGUGAACGAUCGAUGGGGUACCAAUUGUUCCUGCCAUCAUGGAGGCUUCUAUAACUGUCAAGAUAAAUACAAACCUGGCACUUUGCCUGACCACAAGUGGGAGAUGUGCAGCUCCGUUGACAGGAGAUCUUGGGGGUAUCGAAGCAACAUGCAGAUCUAUGAACUCAUGGAUGAGCCUAGCAUCAUUAAGGAACUUGUGCAAACUGUGAGUUAUGGGGGCAACUACCUUCUCAACGUGGGGCCCACGAAAGAAGGGCUGAUUGCUCCAAUCUUUCAGGAGAGGCUUCUGGCACUUGGAAAGUGGCUGAGCAUUAAUGGAGAGGCCAUUUACGAAUCAAAGCCGUGGAGGGUCCAAAAGGAAAAUGCCAGCGACAGCACUUGGUACACUUCAAAGGAAGCAAUGGUAUAUGCUGUCUUCUUGACCUGGCCAGAAGGCAGCUUGUUGAAGCUUUCAUCUCCUGUCCCAUCUGCCAGCACUCAAGUGACUAUGUUGGGGGUCUCCGUUCCAUUGAAAUGGCAGGCAUUACCAGACAAAGGACUUCAAGUCGCUCUGCCCUUCACAACCCCUUCACUUCUCCCUCUGCAGUACGGCUGGACUCUCAAGCUAGUUGGUGUAGUGUGAUGGCAAAGCUGGAGGAGAAUCAAGAUACUCAUGUUUUCUGUCUCUCGGAGAUGAAAUGUUGAUGCUUCUGUGAUUAGGAGCACGAACAGGGUAGGAAUAAGGUGGGCUUAAACAAUCAUGGUUGAAUGAAGCAAAACUUUGGCAUGUUAAAGGUCUUCAGAUGCUACAUUUUAAUCAGGACAGAUGGAAGAUUUUUUCAGCAGAAUUUAACUCGCUUCCAACACACAUCCAAAACUCUGCUGUAAUACAGUAUGUUAAAUAUCAUGGAAUGAGAACCGUCUCCAGAGACUUCAGGAGAAUUAUCCUGAACUGAUGUGAAUUUAUCACAUGAGACAGAAUAGCAGCUGCUAAAGGGGUGCAGGUCAUCCCAGGGUUGUUACUGUCUUUUCCACUCAGGAUGCCAGUCUGCUUUGGUGUGAAGCACCAGAAUAAAUUCCACCAAACAGAAAAUGAGUUAAAAUACAACAAAGUAAAGCUUGAUAAAGCUAGGUGAUAUAAAAAAACCCUAGCAAAUUAGGCACUUAAAACCCCCAGAUAAAACCUCAUUCCCUAUUGUGCUGUUGCCAUGUUGCAGGAUUAUUGCUGUUGUGUUUUUUAAAAUCAACUCAGGAUGCCCAUCUGUUUUGGUGAAAGGUCUUAAUCUGGUGGAAAUAACAUCUAGGACUAGGAUUAUGUCCAGGGAAAGCAAGAUAACUUUAAAAUUACCUGUACAGUGACCAGCUAAGUAGUUUACAGAGCAGGCCAUCUCUUGGCUUUCUUAUGCAUCCACACAGUCCAAUGAGGAAUGCUGCCUUGAAGGGUCCAGUCAUUUGGUUGGAAAUGAUACCGUUUUCUUAAGCCACCCUUCUGCAAGGCUUCAGAGACACAACUGUUAUCAAACAGUUUUCCUAUGAGUAGCUCCUCUUGAAGAUGAGUUUCUAAACAGCUGAGACGUCUGAAAUAAUCCUGCAAAGUCCUCCAAUGCAUAUUCUUUAAGUACGAAUGACUAGUCAGAUGGACCAGCCAAAGAGGCCUCUUUGUCUAAUUUCUUGACCUCCAUUUUGCUACAGCAUCAUGGUCCUGGGUUAGAAUGCAGGGGAUUUGGCCUUAAAUUUUUGACUCAGGAAGAAGAGUAUAUACUAGUUGGUUCCUUUGCUAUUAUGUGAAAUGCAGACUGGUAGCCACUGGACAAGGGAAAAGGAGCACUGAUCAGUGGGUUCAGUGCUUAAUAAUUUUUCUGUUCCUAUUAAAUGUCCCAUUGUACUAGUGCAGCACCAAGGAAGGCAUGGAAUGAGAAAUGAGAAGAAGCGGUCGUGGCCAGAUUUCAGGACUCAAAAUGCCAUACAGUGCUUUACGUAUGAAUGUAAAUUUGCUGGUACUCUUUUAAAAUACCUUGGUUGAACCAAAUUGUGGAUGGUCCUUCUGAUAUGUGAUGUUACGUGAUACCAAUCAUGGUGCCUUUUUUUUGUUCACUUUAAUGCCUGAUUUUCAAAUGUCACUUGUUGGGUGUUUUUUUUAUUUUUAAAAAAUAAACAUUGAAAUCCAA